AUGCUGGUUGGAGUUUCAGGCAAGGAUGAUAGAUCAUUAUCGUUGAAGGAAGUAUAUGGGGAGAAACUGGGUUCAUUUUUAGAGGCAAAAGAGAGUUGCUAUAAAGCUUGGAAUCGUUCAGAACCUCCAGAAAGGCUAUGGAAAACUUUACAAGAAGAGAAAGAGAAUUAUCUUGCUCAGCUGGUUUCAUCCGGAUUAAGGUUUUCAGAAGAAGUUCAAAAUGAGGUAGAUUGGCGAAAUAUGUUUGAUCUGCUUCAAAAAAGUGAAUUAUCCUUGGAGUACCCAUUCUCACUUCCAUAUAAAUCAGAAUCUCUGUCAAAUUUAGAUAUUUCAAACUCUGAAUCUCAACUCAUAUGUAACCAAUUUUCACCUAAGUGGGGAAUCAAUGCAGGAAAAAGUAAAACAAAAAGAAUUGAGGGGAGGAGGAUAAAUGAAAAAUCUAAGAAUAUUCCUUUUGAAAUGGAUGAGAGGCAGUGGCAUCUUGCUGGAUACGAGGUAGUACUAUUGUGUAUUGACUUUAUAAGACGUAAUAUUGGGGAGUUGAGACUAGAAAUUACCAGGUUAGAAGAAAACAAGCUUAAGAUGGAUCGUUUAGAAGAACAACAUAAGGGUAGCUUUGGUGCAAAUCGAAGAAUUACAUCUGGGAUACAAGGUAAAUUUUCUAAUGUAUUAGAAGAAAAGAGUGAAAAUUACAAUUUUUCUAAACUUUGUACAGAACAGGGAAUGACUUACGAGAAGCUACAAAGUCUACAUUCCAAGUUAACAAAAGACUGUGACAACUUAAUGUCUAUUAAUAAAUCAUUAAUUAUGUUUUCUGAGAUGGCCAGAAUCAGAUUCGAUAUAGAUUCUUCUACUGACUAUUUGAUUAACAAAUUGUUAAGCAGAUUUGAUUCUGGUGGUAUGGGUUUCUUUAGUUCUGAAGACAUUCAUCCUCUAGAAACAAGAUAUAGAGUUCUAUUACUUUUAGAAAGCUGGUCCAAAUCUGACUUACUAACUUCUAGGUGUUCAACCUGGGACCAUGGAAAAUUAAGAAUUAAACCAGGAGGAGCUCCAAGAAUUGUUCCUGAACUAUCUAACUCAAAAGCUAUCAAAGAUGAACCAGAAUUCAAAUCCUGGGUUCACAGACAAAUUCACAUUAUCUACUCAAAUUUGGCUUUUAAACUUCAAAGGUUAGUAUUAUUUAUUCCUCCUGGGUGGCUUCAAUAUCUUCCUGGUGAAAUUGAUCUAAGAGAUAUGUUGGAUUUAAGAAACAAAUCCUGGUCUUAUAGUGAUCGAAGUAUUGGGUUAGGUAUUCACAAGGAGUUCCUAUCUGAAGGAAUUCAAAAAUCUCUUGGGAAAAAUCCCCAAUACCUUUUGGAGUUUGUUUUAGAAUCCAUUUCUAUUCUUGACAAGCUUAGGAAUUUGUUGGAUUUGGGGUUUUGGGGGGAUCUGAGUUAUCUUAAAAACAUUGAAAACCAGAUCAAUGGCCGUGAUCUCCUUAACAGACUACUCAAACUCAUGUCAGCAAUGGAGAGAUUGGACUUAGCUGUUAGAAGAGACAUUUCAAAAAGUUCAUUAAAAUCUGUAUCUCCUACAUUUCACAUCAAUCUAUCAUCUUACUGUGUGGAAGCAGGGACUACAGAGAAGACUUUAACAUCUAUAUCAAGCCAAAGCAAACAGGAUGGCCACGUUUACACUCUGAAUAAUCAUAUUUAUAAUGGUAACAAUACUAAUCAUGUAAUUUUGGGUUCUAAUUCUUCCCAAAUUGAAUCUAAAAAGUACCCAGGGCAUAUUAACAGAAGGCAAUUAAUAUACAGCAAUGAGUUUGUUAGGGAUUCAAUAGAAGAAAAACUUUUAGCUUUGCCAAAAUUGAAUUCUUAUUGGAUGUUCGAGCCCCAAGUAUUACAUGUAUUGAUUAAAACUUUAAUGCUUGUAAACGUGAAUCCUGUGGAUCUUAAUAAUGGGAUUAAAGGAACAGGUUUAGAUUCUAUAGGUCUCCACCAGUACUCUCCAUUCAUUUCUAGAUGUGUAGUAUUUAUAGGUUAUAUGCUAGAGAAUGGAAUCUUUGUGGAUGAGGAUCUUGAAUACAUGGGUAAAGUAACUAUUACCAAGACUAAUGUAAUACCCACAAGUCUGGAUACUUAUUCUCUGUAUUUAGCAUCUAGCAUGUGGAUAUGUUAUGAGAACUUUCUUUCUAUUAGAAGCUUAAGGCCUAUUUCUGGCCCAUCUCUAGACACUAACCAUGAAUCUCCAUUGAGAGUAGAAGAAACCUCAGGGCCAAGAGUCAAAGAGUUUGACAAUUCAAGUAUACAGGAACUCUUCUUUUCAGUGUUGGACCUUGUCCUAAAGGAUCUUCUUAGCUUUUUAAAGCAUCAAACUGUAUCAAGUUUGGAAGAGGAGCUUACUAGCUCUUCUCAAUCCUUGACUAAUGCUUACUUUUCAAUUUCUAAGCCCAUUGGCCAAAAAUCUGCUACUGGAAGUUCUGAGGUAGUCUCCAAGGAGGCUCCAAAACAGACUGGAUCUAACAUCAGGUCCAGGUUCCACAGCAAUAGUAGAGAACUUUUGAGGAAGAUUACGAACAGUAAAGAGGCUAAAGGGACUUCCGUGGAGAAAUCUUCAAAUGAAAACAAGGAAGAUGAAUUUGAUGAAGACUUUACUCAUUUAAAUAGAUUCUAUAAGAUCACCUCAUUUCUAAAUAAUAUCAAAGGGAGAAAGGUAAAUGUUAAUUCAAAUGCAAAUUCUACCAUUUCACAACCUAUUUUGAGACAAUCUGACCAACUUUGGAGGAAUCCAGACUGGAUGAUAUCCUUUGGGGAUGGUUCUAAAGGAGCAAAGAAUAAGAAUAAUAGGGAGGAUGGUUUGAGUGAACAGCUCUGGAAGGUUUUUGGAAUCUCCUUAACAACUAGUUCAAGAUCAGAAAGGGUUUAUGGGGAAAUAUUGGUGAGAAGAUUAAGUACCCUUUCUUUUAGGUCAAGAAUUCUCUGUCUUUGUCAAAGUUUCUUUAAAUUGGGAGCUCCAGGAAUUUUGAGGAAACUUUUACAGAUUGUGAGUAAGAUAAGUACAUACUUGGUAUUAGAGGAAGAUGAAAACUCUUCCUUAGUAGCUAGAAGAGCAAAUAUGGGCCAGAUUGGCCCAGAUAGAAGACUUUGGACUCGGUACUGCAAUUAUUGUAUUUUAAGAUCUAAUGAACUGAGAAUUAGAGAGCUGUUUGAGAUUCCAAUACAAAUGUUAAGACUCCCAGCAACCCAUUAUGUGGAGCUGAAACUCAGAUUAAAGUCUAAAGAUCUCAAGGAAAGUGAGGAGAAAGAAAGAAUGGAAAGGUUAGCUCGUCAGGAGAUUCAGGGAUGUUUAGAGACUUUUAUCCAUUCAUUCCAAUUUUUGGAAAAUGUAUAUAUUUGGGAAACUAUUACGUGUUGGAGCAGAGUUAUGUAUGAGGGAGCUAGUCUAACUGCUGGGGGAGGAAGUAUAAGUUUAGUUAGAGACUAUGUAUUAAUCACUGUGAGAUUAUUGGAAGUUUAUGUACCAUAUUAUAUGCAGGAACUGAUGAACUCAGAGUAUUGGGAUCUUUUAAUGAUCUCGAAGUCACAAUUUGAAGAUCUAGUCUCUAGUAUUAUUGCAAUAGAUAAAUACAUGGUAAUCUUAAGAAACUGGCUAGAGUUUAACUUGGAUUCUAUUAAGAUCCAGAGUAGGAUUAUAGAUGCUCAGAUGAUUUACAACCAAGUUAAUGGUGAUAAUGAUUCAAAUUCUCAGAUUGAAUUAAAAUUGCAAGAAAUGAUGAGAAGACGGUAUAUGAAUGAUCAUCUUCAGCAGGUAACUUUGUUUAACUUGUUUUCUCCUCAGUUUAUAUUGUUAAUCCAAAAUAGGAUUAAUAAUAUUGAGUACCUUGUCUACAAAGUUUAUCAAAAUAGCAAAGAUCUAGGUUUUAAUGCUUGGACUGAAGGGAUUAAUACUCCUGAUAUUUACACAUCCUCUAUAAUGAUUGAUAUUGGAACAAUUGUUAAUACUGGGGUUGAAUCUUUGGUGGAGUGGCUAAUUUUUCCUCUAGAGGAUGAACAAUCAUUAACUCUUUCUUUAUCUCCAAUUAUGAAGUUUUAUAGAGAUCUUACAACUUUUAUUGUAAACACGGUAAAAAGAGAACUUAAUUGUAAAAAAUAUGAGUUAAUUGACUCCUACCUUCAAUAUAACUUGGAAAUCCUAUCAGUAUUGUCUAAAAAUGGAGUUGGGAUGAAUGGGAGUUCUCUAGGGGGCUCUGUAAUCCAGGAACUCAUGAACCUAUUAAUAACCCACAAAAUUCCUAAUUUGGCUCGGCAAAUUCUCUCUUUCUCUUCUUCCUCUAGUACAUGCAAUUCUGGAAAUUCGAAUACCGGUAUUGAUAAUACCGGUAUUAAUAACACCACGUGUACCAACAAUAACAAUAUGUUAUUUUCUUCUGGAAUUGGAAGUAGUGUGAUUAGUGGGAAUGGAGAUAUUUUGGGGAUUGGAUCUGGAAAUAGGUCAGGUAAUGGAAGUUUGAACAGGAGCAAAGGUAAACUGACAGAAGGUGGAGGGAUAUCUGAGGCUUUGAUAGCGGAGAAAUUUGAAAGAGGGACCAUAUUUUUCAGCUUAUUGAACCUUUGUUUAAGGGCUGAAAAUGAGGAGAGGGAUGGCUUAGAAGAAGGAACUGUGAUUGGAAGUGGGACUAGGAUGGAAAGGAUGGUAGGGAUUAAGAAAGGUUUAAGGGAUGGGAGUAUUAGAGGGGAGCAUUAUUCAAAUAUGGCCCUUAAAAGUAACAUUUAUGGAGAUACCGGUAUUAAUAUGAAUGGCAAUUAUAACAGUAGUGGUAACAGUGCUAGCUACAUUAAUUAUGUUGAUACAUAUGAUCUAAAAUAUUUAGUUUCAAUCCACAACUUAUUCUUCUUUAAGAAUAUAAUUUUUGAGACUUGCUCCAAGUUUUUCAAUCUUUUCUUUGGAGACGGUUUUUCUCCUAACCAAGAUGAAGAUCACGAUGAUCUUGAUCAGAGGUACCGGACCCAAAAUGAGAAUCUGGGGAAUAUUGAGUCUUCAAUCCCCUUAAAUAAUAGAAAAAACAGACAAAAAGGAGUUUCUAGGCCAGAAGGUAGAACCUCAAUAUCUGCUGGUUUCACAGGCAAUUCAGAUCCUGUCUCUGGCUCCAUCUCGCAUCAUGUGGAUGACUGGCGAGAAAGUCUUCAAGAGAAACAAUUUUACAAACUUCCUGAUGAGGUUUUAUUGAAAAUGAAGAAUAUUUUGGAAUUCCUUAGGAGUUAUGGGGCAAUGGACAAUGAUGAGAAUAAGUUAUUGGCCUCAGAAACCAUGACUGAGUUAAACCGUCUUUUAUUUUCCCAAGGCUCUAACUCCGUGUUCUCAGACCCUAAAGUUCUAGAUCGUCACAGAGAUUUAUUCCUGAAUCUCAUAGGAGAAUGCAUUCAAAGUAUAGACUCUUUGGUAAUUUAUAUUUUCAGGAUGUAUUGCAUCAAAACAAUAUCAUGUACUUUUGGUUUAGAAUUCUACCUAAGAAUCUACAGUACCGGAUUGUUAAAUGAAAUCCAAAAUCGUGAUACUAACAAAAAUAAUGUUAAUAUUAACGCUAAUAAAGGAAGCUAUUCUUACACUUCAUCAUAUGAAGAGGAAGCGGUUCUCACCUUAGAGAGUUUGAUUCCAGGACUAACCUCAUGUUUCAGGGAUUUUCUGUCUCAGUGCCCCAACCAGGGCAGGUUUGAGAACCGGGAUGAAGAGGGGAAUUUAGGAAAAAAUGACCACAACUUUGAAAGCGAUAAAUUAUUUUCUCUACUUUCUAAAGGUCUUUCAACACAAAACCAAAUUGAAGCUGAAUUUAACAAAGAAUAUAUGAGAUCUUUGGAACUCCUCUGGCUUUCUCACAUAUUUGAAUUAUCCUUAUGUAAGAUAGGUUUACAAUCAUAUACUGACGAGAUCACUCCACUUUUUGAAUAUGAUUUUGAAAUUUUGGAUGAGUUAAGGAGGAGUUCAAAUGUAAGCGAAAUCCGCUCUUCUUCUAAAAACAAAGAAUCAAAGCAAACACUUAUGAUUUCCGAUAUAAUCCUCUACUUUAUUACCCAGCUCCUUCCAAAUAAGAAAAUAAUACAACACAAGAUCUUUAAAGAUCUAACCUUACUCUCAAACUUAAGCUCCGAGGAAAAUAGUCUAAUCCCACAAAAAGAGAGGAAUUCCAGUCAAAACUCUUCAAAUUCAAAAACCAAACUUAAAACAAAAACUAAAGUUACUAAUGAAAGUACCCGAUACCUAUCAAAUCAAGAUCUAAAUUCAGAAAAUGCCUGGGCUGUAUCUAAUGAAGUAAGGAUGAAGAAUAAUAGUAAUUUAGAAAGGAGCAAAGAACCAGAGAGAGGUGAAUCCAGUAGGAGUAGAGGUUCAUUCCUUAACACGGCAAGUUUUACUGGAGGUUUUGAUUACUCCAAUAUUUCAAAACAGCUUUCCAAAGGUCCUCCUCAAAUCGUAUCUAAGAUUAUAAAGAAUUCAAAUUCUGGACAGAAAAAGAUUAAGAACUUUAUUAGUAGAAAUUUAUAUCACUAG